AUGGAUGAAAAUGCAACAGUCACGCUAUUAAUCCUCGGAGAGCCUGGCUGUGGAAAGACGACAUUCCUCUCGCGCUUAAAGAAUCCCAAUCUCCCUUUACAGAAUGGAGAAUCAAGUCUAUUGCGAGACGGUGAUCAACCGUUCUUAUAUGACAUUCGAUUUUCCAGGAAAUCGUUCAAGUUAGAAGUAUACGAUACUGCUUCACCCAAUCAACACUGGUCGUCCUUGAAUCCCAGUGUUGUCAUACUCGCAUAUGACAUAUCAAAUAGAAAAAGCUUGGACGCGCUGAAAGGGUGGCGUAACGAUGUAACUAGGUACUUCCAGCGAGGCGCCGGCGAACGUAUCCCCGUCAUGAUGCUUGGUCUCAAGCGGGAUCUUCGAGUAGAGAAUGAUGAGAUAAUUUAUCCUCAAGAGGCGUACCGCAUAGCACAAGAAUUGCAUUGUGAUCGCUAUGCAGAAUGCUCUGCCGUCACUGGAGAGUUAAUCAAGGAAGCCUUUGAGGACAUUGCCAAAGUUGCGGCUCUGACGACUACCGAGAAAGGUGCCCAAGCCCAGGGUGGAUGUACGAUUAUGUGA